UUAACGGUCAGGAGGACGGCCGGCAGCUCCAUAGCGAGAAGCCGCCCGCCGUCUUCUCCCUCCGCUCCGCUUCCCGCUUCAAACCCCAAGCCCCCGCCGCCGUCCCCCGCCGCCGCCGCCGCCGCCGCCGCGACAUGGUGAGGCUCAGCGCUGACCUGAUAUGGCACUUCUUCAACGCCGUCAAGGAGCGCGAGCUCGACCUCCGAGCGGCGGCAGGCAACAAGAUCGCCUUCAUCGAGAACAUCGGCGCCACCGAGGACAAGUUUGACAUGAUUGAUUUGUCGGACGAUGAGAUUGUCAAGCUUGAGAACUUCCCUUUCAUGAAUCGCCUUGGCACCCUGUUAAUCAAUAACAACAGAAUUACACGUAUCAAUCCCAACCUUGGUGAGUUUUUACACAAGAUGCAUACUUUGGUGCUGACGAACAAUCGCCUCACAAGUCUUGCGGAGAUUGACCCCCUGGCCUCUCUUCCAAAGCUGCAAUUUCUCAGCUUACUGGAUAAUACCGUAACUAAGCAACUAGAUUACCGGUUAUAUGUGAUCCACAAGCUGAAGCAUCUGCGUUUGCUGGACUUCAAGAUAGUGAAACAGCAGGAGAAAUGUGAAGCAGCACAAAAAUUCCACUCAAAGGAAACAGAGGAGGGGGCAAAGAGGGCUGCUACAAAAGCUUAUACUCUAGGACAGGUGGUGGAUUCUCAUGGUACUACGAAGGACCAGGGCGCUAAAGUAGUUGCUCCAACGCCUGCACAAAUCACAGCUAUCAAGGCUAUUAUCUUGAAUUCUCAGACACUUGAUGAAGUUGCAAGGCUCGAAAAGGCGUUGAGCACUGGCCAAGUUCCUGCUCAAUUUGCGCUCCCCAAGCCUGACACCAACAUGGCCCAAGCGUCCGAGGAAGCUGAAGCUGAGAAGAUGGAGACAGACGGUCAGGACCAGGAGGAUGGGGCUGAUGAGCAGAAGCAAACUGAUGAAAGCGCCCUGAUUCAAGAGGCUGCUAUCGUGAACUCUCAGCCACUCGAUGAACUUACCAGGCUUGAAAAGGAAUUUCUGGGAGCUGAUUUGGACUGCAUAUAUGAUACCUUAAGCAACAUAGGAUCAUACAUAUACAAGAAUUUUGAGCGAGCCCCGUUCAAUUUCAUAGUGAGCUGGCGCAAAAGGUUUUUCCGUGGCUUGCAUAUUCUGCCGCCGCCCCGGAGGCAGGAACCAGGUAAGCCUUAUGCACUAACAAUGCUAUCAUGUUACUACCUGUAAUCAUAUGUGAUGUCAUAGCUCACGGCCACCAUGCAGGACGACCGCCGUAGCUCACAGCCAUCCCACAAACACCGAUGCUACAAUGCUAGCUAAACCGACGUCAUUAGUUCACCUCAUCUGGGCCAACAAAAGCUGCCACCCUCACUUCACAAGAUUGUGUUGCCUGCCAUGCUGAACCAUGACCCUGCCAUAUAGAGUCGUCUCUAUAUCGCAUUCCUAUGCCGCCACCCAGCUUCUUGCCUAGGCCACUUGCCGCAAAGAGAUGUCCGUACAACCUAUGUAGACUCUUGCAACCACGCCUCAUCAACGACUUAACCAACAUGAACAGACAAGGCACCAUGUCAGAUCCCCUGCUCACCACUAGCUCACUGAUGCUUAAGCCACCUUCCAGCCUCGUUUGCCUCUUCUGAUAAGCCACCUUCUAGCCAACCGCGCCUCAUCACACCUUUAUUGGUGGUGCAAGCGAGUAUCACUCAUGAUAUUUGCUUUGGUUUCUACAAUGUGGCAAAGCUAACUGUGACGGUUAUUUGGGAAUGCAGUCCACUAGCGUCUUAAAUUGAAGUGCCCACUUUCACAAGGCAGUGAGGCUACAUGCAAGUUGGGAGAAGUUAGAUUAAUAGGUUUGAUUAGUGCAAUGCAGUGAAAGUUGUAACAGUUCGGGUUGUAAUAAUUUAAGCAAUUUUAAGUUUAUUCUAUUUUUACUCAUUACCAGCAUGGUAAUGUGCCUGUAAUAAUAUGACAUUACAGAUUGUAAUAAAUCAUUCCAUUUAUUUCACCCUAUUCAUAUUAUUCUAAAUUAUUUUUGUAGUUA